AUGAUCCUACACCAAAAAUCUCGCUGCCCGGCCCUUCCGUUCUCGAUUUAUGGCCCCAACAUCGAUCUGGGCGCCCUUUUAGUGAGGGGGAGGCAUUCUACCAUCCUCCCGCACCAAAAAUUUCGCUGCCCGGCCCUUUCGUUCUCGACUUAUGGCCCGAACAUCGAUCUGGGUGCCCUUUUAGUGAGAGGGAGGGUAGAUGAGGGUGUAACUUUUUUUCGUCCAACUCUCUUGACUAACCCUUCUGGUAUCCUACUCUACAGCAUUCUACCAUCCUCCCGCACCAAAAAUCUCGCUGCCCGGCCCUUUCGUUCUCGACUUAUGGCCCGAACAUCGAUCUGGACACCCUUGAGUGACGAGGAGGGAAAGCAUUCUACCAUCCUCCCGCACCAAAAAUCUCGCUGCCCGACCCUUUCGUUCUCGACUUAUGGCCCGAACAUCGAUCUGGGCGCCCUUUUACAUUUUGCCAUCCUCCCGCACCAAAAAUCUCGCUGCCCGGACCUCCGUUCUCGACUUAUGGCCCGAACAUCAGGGUUAGUUGGGCAUAGGGACGAGGAGGAAAGGGGUUGUACUAGCCCAGGCUCUAUCACUCUACUCUGCAACGUUCUGCAAUCCUCCUGCACCAAAAAUAUCGCCGCCCGGCCCUCCCGUUCUCGAUUUAUGGCCCGAACAUCGAUCUGGGCGCCCUUGAGUGACGAGGAGGGAAAGCAUGUUACCAUCCUCCCGCACCAAAAAUCGCGCCGCCCGCACCUCCCAUUCUCGACUUAUGACCCGAACAUUGUUCUGAGGGGGCUUAAGCGUUAUGGAGUGAAACAUUGGGAGGAGGGAAAGGGUACUACAAACCUCCCGCACCUAAGACCUCGCUGCCCGGACAUCCUGUUCCCGACUUAUGGCAUGAUCAUCGAUUGUUUUAUGCCCCUCCCGGAACAAAGUCCUCGCCGCCCCUACAUCUCACUCGAAAGCUAUCACUCGAACUUCACAUGCUGCGGAAACGAGAGGUGCAAUAACACGACAUCACCAUCGUUACUCCUGCCUCUCUUCACCGCGAUGUACGGCUCCCAUUUCAACUUUCUAGAACACAGGAACGAGACGCUGUCACGAGCCGUCAGCAUUAGGCAAGCGAACCAAAAGACAAGAAAACAAGAUCGUGCGCCGACUGAGAGCGCGACACAUCCAGAGCAUCAUUCAGCAUCGAGCCAAAAGAAUAGAACACGGCGCUCUCUGAAAUCAGGACAAGGCUAUGGCAUCAUCAGCGUCAGACGCAACAAGUGCGCCAUCAGGGUUGGGUAUUAA